AUGAAGCUCUUUCCUUGGCCAACUGCUCUUCCUUCAAAGGAACACAUUCCCUCUCGAAUCCUUCCGUCUCUUUUGCUCAUAGUUCCACUGGCAGCCUGUGUAACUUGCGUUUGGCUUCUUGUCAUCGAUGUCUGGACACAGGUUUUCUGCACGCUCUUCACAUUGCGGUAUCUUCGGUUAUUCGGACAUGUGCUCGGAUCGUGGAUGUAUCGUCCUGCAGAGGUAAAGCAGGAUCCUUCGUUCUCGCGGAAUGAUGUAACUGUUAUUCUUCCAACCAUUGAUCCUCAUGGUCCAGACUUUCGGGAAUGUGUGGAAAGUAUUCUUGCGAAUAACCCUGCGUGCGUUCUCGUCGUCACGGUUGGUGCUGUUCUUCGAGAGGAAUGUCAGACUGUUCUUAGAAAGCUAAGCAUUGAUGCCCCGCAUAUUCAGAUUCUUGUCUCGGCGCUUCCUGAGCCGAGUAAGAGGCGACAGAUCACUCAUGCCAUGCCAAAUGUCACUACAGCUAUUACCAUCUUCGCAGAUGACCAUGUCUUCUGGCCAAGAAGCUUUAUCCCUUCUGUUCUUGCGCCAUUUGAAGACCAGAGUGUCGGUAUGGUAGCCACCAAGAAAAGAGUUCGCCGAACAACACCUGGAGUCUGGACGUGGCCCUCCAUCGUAAACUUCAUCGCGUGCAAUUACCUCCAGCGUCACAACUGGGAACUUCGUGCUUCCAACGCCAUAGACGGUGGGGUAUUCGUCAUCUCAGGCCGCACAGCAGUUUACCGUACAGAGUUCCUCAACAACACUGACCUUCUCCAGCGAUUCUGCAGUGAAAAGUUCUGCUUAGGGCUUUUUGGUGGUCAGGGUUUGGGUCCUGAUGAUGAUAACUUUUUGACGAGAGAAGGUAUGAAGAAGAAGUGGCUUGUCAAGUUUCAGGAUACAGAGGAUGCUACUGUUGAGACAACGCUUGGUGAGUGGCCAAAGUUUAAGGAUCAGCUGCUUCGCUGGGCACGUACGACCUUUCGCAGCAAUCCAGUCAUGCUUCGUGAUCCAGCUUUUAUCUCUCGGUAUACAUGGAGUUGCUUCAUGGUGUAUUGGGCUGGUCUUGUCAACUUUUCUAUACUCUGGGAUGCAGCGCUCAUCGCCACGUUUGUCCUUGCUGAAAAUUCUGACGCCGGUGGAUUAGUGAUCUUUUUGGUCUUCAUGUUCUGGAGCAAGGUUAUCAAGAUCAUCCCCCACUUUCUGCAGUAUCCUUCUGAUUUUCCGCUUGUUAUUUGUCAGGUUGUGUUUGGGUACGUGCACAGCUUCAUUAAGCUUUGGGCACUGGUCACGUUCUGGGAUUGUGGUUGGUCCGGGAGGAAUUUGAACGAGGUUAAUCCUGAGCAUGUUGGACUUGAUACGUCGUUUUAUGAGGUCUAG